AACUACUAUUGUUAUUUCAUGCCAUGCCACAGCCUGACGAAUUCUAGAGGAAUCUAAUCUAAUUCCGCCGCCAAACUGUAACUAACUAGUUACAUAACAACGCCAAACAAAAGGUGAAGAAAAAUUAAAAUAAACCCACCUUUCCAAAGGGAUGUUUUGGCCCCCCUAACUAAGAUCUUUCCAAGGAGAGUCGUAGCUGAACAAGACUUUUCUCCCUUUCCUGACCUCUUUAUUUCUUUGUGAUUUCUACGCAUAUGCCGCGCGGCGGAACAUGCCUUUGCUUUUUUUUUUCUUUUUCCGCUUUAUAUGCAGGCGGUGCGUCGAACCUCUGGCCCGGUCCUGAACGGCGACGCGACAGGAAAAAAAAAAGGGGGGGUCCCAUUGCAAGGCCAACAACGUUCAGAGCGCCCUACGCCGGCCAGCCACAAAAAGGUUAAUUUUGCUGCUAGCGGGGAAUGCGCUGUCGGUUUGGUUUAGGGAUCGCAGACCCUGAAUAAUAAGGACGACAGCCCCGGCAAUUAUUAGUGCAGUGGUUAUUAACUGCGUAGGCCCUUUCUUCGGGGCGACCCUUGCUUAGACUAGACUGCUCAAGGGAAAGGGUGGUGGUCCGGUCCCCUACCUUACCCCUACCGCCGGUUUUCCUUUUUUUUUCUUUCUUUUUUCUUCCUCUGCAGGUUAACUAUUUGUCCGAGUAUUUAAUAAAUAGAUCGCCUGUGCCGGCCCUUUUAGAUCUUGCUUGGGGAGGAAAGGAAAGGGUUUGCUUUCUCUUCUCUCUCGUUUUUAUAUAUAUAUAUAUAUUACUGGUAGAGAGCAGCUUGUGGGAGCUUGUGACCUACGCCUACUUCUCCUCCACUUCUUCCUCCUCCUCCUCUCAUUUAUUGAAAGGACUGAGGGCCGUAGGUUGUUCCCGGUCGUCGUUGUUUAUAACGAGGGAAUAUGCGGGGUUGGAAUUGGAAUUGAAUUUUGAAAUCGAAUCCACUCUUCCUUUUUUUUUAAAAAAAAUAUAUACAUAGCGUAUAGACUCGGUGUUGUUUUUAUAUAUAUCCGGGACCUACUCCGUUGCUUUUUUGCGCAGUCGUCAGUCGCUUGUAUUACACAUAUACCCCGUUGAACCUUCCUUACCUGAGUGGUACUAUAAGCCUGAGAAGAAUUGAUUGAGCAAGCGCGAUCCAUCCCCUGCCGCCUCCCAGCUUUAGUUCCUGCUCCCGUCAGCAGCAGAACACACUGUGCCUCGAUCCUGGUAGUCUAUCAACCGACAACCGACACAUGGCUGUGGACGAGGAAAAGGUCCCCGCUAAGACGACGGCGACGACGGUGCUGGUAGCGACAGGUGAUAGUAAUGAUGGUAUUAUCGUUAGCAAUAAUAGUCUCACCAAUAUCAAUGAUACCAGCGACGACGGCAACGAUGGCGUUUACGAGGUCGACAAUGCCGAUCCUGCCGAACUGACCUUGCUGCAGUCUAUCAAACGAUUCCCUAGAGUCGUCGGAUAUGUCUUUGCCGCAUGCCCUGGUAUAUUGCUAUAUGGAUUCGACAUGGUCAUCGUCAGCACUCUGACUGCAAUGCCUGAGUUCCAGUGAGUAGUUUGGUAUUCUUCUUCACCACCACCCCCUCUUUCUUUUCCUAUUGCCAUCCAUCCCCCUUUAGCUCAACAAACGCACAAAACUCCUCUCAAAACUAUCCGUGUCUCGAUCAAAAGCCAACUUUCUCCCUUUCUCCCUUUCUCCCUUCUCUUCACAACAGACGCGACUUUGGUGAAGUACUCCGAGGAAAGCCCAUUAUCCCCUCCGCAUGGUUGGGAGUAUGGACCGCCGCACCAUCCAUAGGCAACAUUGCUGGCGCAGCCGUCGCCGGCUGGGUAUGCGAUCGCUUCGGCCGCCGUUUUUCGCUCAUGCUGGGCGCCCUGAUAUCCGCCAUUGGCAUCGCCAUUUGUUUUGCAUCCGCCUUCGCGGCCGGCAUCGACGCCCGUCGGGGCAUAUUCUUGGUGGGCAAGCUUGUGGAGGGCUUCGCGGCGGGACAGGUGGUCUGUACCGUGCAGAUAUACACCUCUGAAAUCGUGACGCGAGCGCUGCGGGGUUCCAGUCAGGCGCUGCUACCCGUGAUGACGAUGACGGGGCAACUUAUCGGGGCGUUGGUUGUGUUUGCUUGCUUGUCUGUCAAGGGGCGGGACGGGUAUUUGAUUGCCGUGGCGUCGCAGUGGUUGUUUUCUGUAAUAUUGCUUUUUAUUACGAUUUUCAUUCCUGAGAGCCCGCCGCAUCUUAUCCGUGUGGGUAAGAUAGAUCAAGCGCGCAAGGCGCAGCGACGUCUUCAUCGGAAAGAAGUUGAUACAGAUAAGAUGGUGGAUAAGCUUGUUGAGAUUUUGGAGCAGGAGCGGGAGAUGAUGAAGAGGCUGGGUUCGCAGGUGCGGUUCAUCGAUUGCUUUAGAGGGAUUGAUCUGCGGAGAACCAUUAUUGUGCUGGUGUGCCAUAUGAUGCCGCAGAACUUCGGACUGGGCUUGCUCUCGACUGCCAGCUACUUUGCGCAGACUGUUGGCAUCCCCCCUUUCUUGAGUGUUCUGUUGUUGGAGAUUGGUAUUGCGGUGGGCCUGGUCGCGAAUAUCAUAUCUGUGUGGACAUUAUCUGUUGCGAAGCGGAGGCCGCUUAUGCUGUGGACGCUUGGUCUCACUGGGUUGUUUUGGGGCGCAAUAGGGAUUUCGGGAUGUUUUGAUAGCCCGGUGACGAAAUGGAUCACUGCCGCAGGUAUGAUCGUCAUCAUUUUUGUCUGUGGAAACGGAAUCUGGCCCGUCUCUGUCCUUGCCACGGCAGAGACAUCCUCCCUUCGACUCCGUGGUCGGACGCAAGCUGUCGGCUGGGCCAUGCACGGCAUAUAUGCAUGCAUCUUUGCAGUUGUAUUGCCAUACAUUUACAACACCGACAAAGGUAAUCUUGGAGCUAAAACCGGGUUUGUAUUUUUUGGUCUAUCUGUCCUGAGCUGCGGUUUGAUUUGGAUGCUUGUGCCAGAGAUGGGCGGAAGGUCUCCCGCGGAAUUGGAUCUGCUUUUUGAGCAUAAUGUCCCCACGAGGGAUUUCUUGAAGUGGUCGGCUGAGAAGAGUAGUCGGAAAGGUCCGGAUGCUGUUGCUUCUGCUGCUGCUUCUGCUGCUGCAGUGAGCGAUGAUGAGAAGAACAAGAGGAGUUCUGAGCAUGUUGAGAUAGUGAGUGGGUAGGCGGUCCAUUUUUGAUUUUUGUUGGGUUUAACCCUUUUCUUUUCGUUUUUUCUUUUCUUGAGAUGGGUAGGGCAAGUUGAUUGGGUUAGUUAUAAGGGAUAUAGAUGCCCCGAUUUUGCAUGUUGCUGUUUUUCCUGAUGUAGAUAUCAGUCUUGGCCACUUUUUGAGGCUAUCGCAGACAUCCACGGGAGACAAUUUUAAACGCGCGCGCCAGCAUCGCAAUAUGUGUGUGGAAAACUGAUCAAAACGACGUAAAGAUGUAGAAAACUAGUAGCUAGAUCUUGAAUAUGGAUCCUAUUAUUUGGAAUUGGCAUGAUCAGCAUCUCCCCGUGAGGUUCUGGAGUGAAUGUGGGAUGCAGCUUGGACUGACUUGUUGGCUUUAGCGCGCGGCAAUUAUCCGUAUGUGUGUGGUGGAUACGAG